GCAGUCGAGUUUUCUUUGCGUCUUGUUGUUGGUGCGCGUUGAAAAUUCGUGAGAAAUAAGUUUUUUCAUAACAAAAGUUCUUAAUAAUUUAUACAUUAGUGAUUAUAAAGUGCACCCGUACUCACUGCUAGUUUAUUUUAUGCUGCAAAAGCGCAAGUCUCCAUUGGAAACACCAAACACAAAUGCUGUGAAAUGUGUUCAGUUAUUUGAUUAACCCAGUUUAUAUUAUUUAAAUACUCGGAGAAAAUCAUUUUGUGCCUGCCAAUAAGUAUUUUAUAGUAAACAGAAACAUAAAAAGGCGGCGAAAAUAGGAAGAAGAAGCAACACAGCGGUAGCAAGCAGACACAACAACAACAAAAAAACAUGGCCACUGAAAUGGAUGAGCUCAUUGAGCAGCUGAAGACGACAAGCGUCGGUUUGGACAAUACAACGACGACGCUGCUCUGCGAGAUUUCGGCGACAAAGGAUCCGAAGCUGUUCGACAAACACGAACUGGCCGAGUGCUUUCUGCGUCUGACACAAUGCGAGGACAUGAGUGUGCGCAAGGAGGCGGCCAAGUGCAUAGCAGAGAUAACCAAGUCGGAGGUGCAACGCAAGAAGUUCACCAAACGUGAAAUCAUCGCUGCCUUCCUCGAGUGCCUGCGUAAUGUGCCAGCGGCCGAUGGCAGCAUGGAGCUGCCCAUACAGAUUUGCCGGGCGCUGGGCAACAUCUGCUACCUGAACGAUGAGGCGCGCGAUCUCAUAUUGGAGCUGCAGGGCGAUGAGGUGCUGUUGCGCCUACUCGACAUAGCCAACAUCGACGAUGUGGCCAAUGCGCCCCAGUUUAUCAAAGUCCGGGGCGGUCUGCUCUCCAAUUAUCUGCUGGGUGGCGAAGGUCUGGCCAAGCGCGCCAUGGAGCUGGGCAUUAUGCAGCAGCUGCAGCGCAUUGUGGAUACCGGUACCAGCAAUGUGGAACAGCAUGAGGAUCUGUUGCUCAACACGCUGCCGCUCCUCAGCAUACUCACCGAGAACGUGGCCGAUCUGAACUUUGAGGCCCAGCUCAAUUUACAAUUGUCGCGCAUUUUGGCCGCCUCCACGAAUCCAGAUCUGGCCGAAAUGUGUCUCGAGCUGCUGCAUUAUCAGGCCGAAAGUGAUGAGGUGAAACUACUGCUGGCCAAGGAUGGCCUCUGCGAGACCAUUUACAAUCUGCUCGAGAAAUACAAGACCCUAGCCAGCACCAGCGAAGCGCGCGCCCUCAUGAAACUGGCCUGCGAACUCAUUGUGCUCAUCCUGACAGGCGAUGAAUCCAUGCACUACUUGUAUACAACACCGCUGCUGAAGAACAUGGUUGACUGGCUGGACUCGACGGAUAUUGAUCUAUUAACUACUGGGGUGCUGGCCCUGGGCAAUUUUGCGCGCACCGACAGCCACUGCAUCUAUUUUGUGGAGCAGCAGACCAUGAACAAGCUGCUGCAGGUGUUGGCCAAGAAUAACGGCGUCAAGGACGAUGUGCGUCUGCAGCAUGCGCUGCUCAGUGCGUUGCGUAAUCUGGUUAUACCCAAGCCGAACAAGAAUGCGGUCAUUCAGGCGGGUCUGGUGCAAACAAUACUGCCCAUGCUGGAAAUCCAUCAGCCGCCAGUGGUAUUCAAGUUGCUUGGCACACUGCGCAUGACCGUAGAUGGUCAGGAGAAACUGGCGCUGGAGCUGUUGAAGAACAAAACUCUGAUCGAGCAACUGGUGCACUGGAGCAAAUCGUCAGACUAUGCGGGCGUCACUGGCGAAUCGCUGCGCCUGAUGGCCUGGCUAAUUAAGCAUGCGUAUCUCAGCAAGAUUGCCUAUGCGCUGCCCCGCAAAGGUGAUGCACCCGCCGAGCAAAUAGCCGAUAAAAUACCACUAUCCCAGGACUAUGAUCGCAGCAGUCUCAGCGAGUUUCUAGCCAACGAGGGCACCGUCGAGGCAAUGGUCAGCAUGCUGACGGCCCAGCAUCUGGUCAUGCAGAACGAGGCCCUGAUUGCAUUGUGUAUACUCUCCGUUGUGUAUCUCUCGAAGCGCAGCGAGGCGGAGCAGGCGCAGCAUCUGCAGGAUGAGCUCAUUAAAUGUAAUGUGGGCUCUAAGCUGGCGGAGCUGAUUACCAAGUCAUCGGAUAGCAUGACCAAGGAGAUUGUCGAGAACUUGCAAAACUGCAUCAAUUUGCUAAAGUCCUCGGAGAAGCUGGUCGCCCAUCUCGAGCAGCAUAACAUUAACGAGCUGCUCAAAUCGAUACCAAUUCUAACGGAAUACUGCACCUUGUAAGGAUGUUCAAAGGGAGCGAUAUCCGGCACAUUGCAUUUAUAAGAAUACGAGAAUUUUACCCCUCGCUCUCCAAAGCACCGCCAGUUGCCUAUCUCAGCACUCACACUCAAUAACACACACACACACACAUACACAGAUGCAAACACUUCACAUGACCGACAACAAGUCGCCAAAAAGAGAAGAGAUUUGGCUUCCAACAUGUAGUUUCCACCUUAGAGCAACGAUUCAGAACUAGACUUCAGAUUGUAGAAACCGAAACCGAACAGAAAGUCACAGAAUAGAACAGAACAGAAGAAACGGAAAUGUAUUUUUUAGACGCAAGCGUAUUUUUACUGCAUUUACCAUAAACAUAUAUAAUUAAUUAAAUAUACAUACCACAUACAUAUAUAUUUACAUGCAAUAUAUAUAUAUGUAUGUAAUUAAUUAAGCAUAUAACAAACUUUUCUGUUACAUGAUUUUUAAGAGCACAAUAACAACAAAUCGUGGUGAUAUCGCUAAGUAUAUUAAAUAAAUGUAUUUUACGUAUUGUACUUAUAAUUUUUAAUAAAACAUUUUACAAAAAAA